CUGGAUGUGCAAGCAUCGCGACGCAAAUUCGUACUCGCGCUUUCACGUUUGUUAUCCUUAUACUGUGCGCACAGUUAGGAAAAAAUUCAACCACUAGUUAAUUAACAUUUGGGCGACAUUAAAUAUAUAGAAAAAGAAACCAAACAAAAAAUUAAAUUAAUUAAAAAAAGUAUCUAAAAAUACAAUUCUACAUAGUACUAGUUUAUUGUACAUUUACUGUUUCGUUUCUACUUUAUUAAGCUAAAGUUUAAUUAAAGCAGCAACCUGGAGAAACAACAGGAAACCAUGGAAGUAGAAGGAGAAAAUGUUGGGCUAUCACCUUUAGUGGCGCCCGCCGAAAUCGAUCAGCCGGUUGAUCUUCGAGCGUCAAGCGAAUAUUAUCCCUUUGCGAUCGUAUUACGCCUUCGUGUACUUCAGAUCGUCUUUGGCAUUACAUGUCUGGUGAUGGGCACGGUUGCGUUCAUCGAGGAGCAGGGCGAGCUCAAUUUAAGUCUUGGAAUUCCGGCAGGCGCAUCCACCAUUUUAGCCGCAGCUGCUAGUAUUCAUACAACUCGAGGAUUUGGUGGUUAUAGAGCCUCAACAUGUAUGCCAGGUUCAUCACUGCGUUUCCUGGGACCUUCAGUAAAGAUCGCGAUUCCCUUGUCUAUUCUCUGGGCCAUGGCGUUCUCAUUCCUCACAGCGCUGGCGGUGCAAUCAACCAAAACUCUCACGCAUCCCCCGACCUACCUCCCCGAAGGGUUCGCCAGUGAUUACGUGUACAACACGACGUCAACGAACCCCACGGAUUUGGUGAUCUUGGCAUCGGUGGAGCUGUCUCUAGCGAUCGUCACGCUGGUGGUCAUUGCAAUACUGCUGCGCAUCGACUGCAAAUACGAUCCGGACUGACCCGGACCGCCUGUCGAGCAUCACGGCACCGGGGUUGGGGUGAGUGUCAUCGGCGGCGUUGGCGGGUUUACAAUGCCGUCCUCAACUCAAGCAAAUAGCGAGCGGGUUAGCAGAGUUGCCUGGAUGGUCUAAGAUUGUAUUAUUAACUGAACUGUUAAACUCAAACUAAUACCAAAUGUAAUUAUUUAUUAUUAACUUAUAUCUAGCUGUUAGAACUUUGUACCAUGUGAGAUAUUCCUAUGAAAAACAGUGUAAACAAGGGUUGUGUGAAUAUGUAAAUGUAAACAUUACUGUUUCCUUUUAGGAUUUCUUCAGACUUAUAAAAAUAAUUUUGAUCAGUGUAUCAAUAACUAAAUAAAUAAAUUAAAUAUUUUA